UGUGUGGGUCUGAGCUUCACAUUCAGGGAUGGUGAGCUCUGUGCACAGAGCAGGGAGACAAAACAAUUCCUGCUCCAGCUGGGCACCAAGGACAAAUGAUCCCAAUCUCAGCCCAAGAGCACAAACCCCGUGGGCUGCAGAGAGAAAAACAAGCAGGGUGGGACUGCAGGGGCUAAAGCUGGAAUGGGACAAUGAACUGCAAGAUGCAAAUGGAGCAGAACUGAUCCAAGGGAGAGAGCCCGGGAGCGCUGGUGCAUUUUGGGGCCAUUUUGGUUCAUCUUGGGUGCAGCCCUGGCUGGGCUCUGGUGCUGCCCAAGGUGGAUCCAUGGAGGAGAUGCUUUGAAUCAAUCCCUGCUUGAUUCUUUAGCUCUGCCCAGCCCCUGCUCUAGGGCAGCCUGCACAAGGGAUCAUCUUUGGUGACCACGAAGGGACAGAAGGCAUCAGUAAGAGGAAGCACACUUGUCAUGGCCUCUCUUUAGCACGUGGGUUGCCCAUGUAGCCUCAUAGGGCAAGUUAACAGCAGCAGCACUGUGUGGGCAGUGUUCCUCAACGACAGGGUGUUACUACUGAUGGAUGUGUUCUGAUGUCUUUGCUUUCAAAUCAAUGGUUUUGCUGGAUUUUAGUUGUGCUGCAGAAGAUUCAUGUAUGCUCUUGUCUGUGAACAAAAUGCUGUUCAUUUUGGAAUAAAACACCAGCCCAUUUUAUUUCAAAUUAAUUUCAUUUAUAUAUGUCUGCCAGACCAGCUUUCAGUGAUAUUUUUCUGCUGGAUUUAUGUGUGGGAUAGAGAACCAGAAAAGCACAUCCCAGUAGCUGUUGUAAUCAUAAUCUUAUUAGAGUUUGCAGUUUCAUCGCCGGGCUGCUUCUCUCAUCAGUUGUGGAAUGUGCUGGUAUGAGACUGUACUGAUUAAAGUUUUACAGGCACCAAAUCAGAUUAGGCACCGAGUCACCUGACCAGGCUGCGCUCGCAGUCAUGUGAGCCACGCCCUGCUGAGCUCCUGCUGGGAGCCGAAACAAGGUAGUUUGCUUUGGAGAUGUUCUUAAGUAUCUAACAGCAUGGGUCGUGGAUUAUGGCUGCAAAGAAGAUGGCUUCAUUUUCCUGAUCUUUGAACUAGCUGGAAUGGGAUAAGUUUGAAAGUGCAGGAUCUUCAGGCCAUGAGCCAACAACUGGAAAGAAUGUUUAAUCCUGGAAGCUCUGACACCAAAAGACCUGGGUUUUUUCAGUGUGAAAAAGCUUAAAGACUGCUUAUUCAGUCUGUCUGUGGCAAAUGAAAGAAUUAUUUGGAGGGUUUAGGACUUGCCAGUUGUAUGAUAUUAUAUAAAACAUAAGAUCUUAUUCAGAAAGCCUCUGGAUGUUACCCAAAUUCAUCCUUGUGGGUAUCCUGAGCAACAGGGAAAAAAAUUUAAACCUGUGUCAAAUUUAAACAGCUCUUUUAAAAUAGAAGUAAAUUAGGAGACAUGAGUUAAAGUAGUAUGUGCUGAAGACAAGAAAUUAUUUUAAAGGUUACUUUAUGUUUCUGUAAUUUCAGAACUGUACAGUAAAAUACUACUGAAACCUGCAGAACAAGAAUCUUGAAAGUGAAUUGUGAGUUUAAUUUAGUGUCUUAAUAAGCAUCAUACAGAUUAGUGCUGUAUUUAAUAGAGAUUAUUUUCCUUGUAUUUCUCAUGCUUCCUGAUGAGAGCCACAAACAUGGAAGGAACCUCAGGUUUCUGGUACUGGCCAAUGAUGUUUUGUGGUUAUUGUCUCCCAUAGAUAUUGCAGACAGGAAUGCUAACUUGAUAUUUCAGCUCCCACUGACUCUCACAGCACUCUGGCCAUCCACAGAGUGAGGCAUGGGCCAGGGUGUCCUGCAGGAAAUAAUUCUGUAGAGAUGUGUAUUGCUUGCUCUUCAAAAAGUUUGACUAGAAUGGUAAACUAAUUUGGUCACUGAGGGGCAGGUGAAGAAAAUUUUGGCCUUUAAGUAGUCAGGAAGUAAAAUUGGGAUUUUUCAGUAUGAGUUAUAAAGUUGGAUAUAAGACAAGCAAGCAACCUAGUAAAACUCAUUGUAAAGCCAGAUUCACAACUGGCUACUUAGGGAAACUUAAGUUGUUUCAAAUUUGGAAUAAUGUUCUGGUGAAAUAAUAAAAUAGAAUAGAAUAAAAUAAUGAGUAUCUAGCCUUUUUUUGUAGUCAGGCUGUAUUUUAGCAAAUCAUCAUUAUUCUUUAUCUCAGUGGAUUCAGCUUCCAUCCCCUACACUGAGCCUACCAAUUCCAUGCCAAAAGUUCUUUGUGGGAACCCCAUUUCAGGAGCAUCUAUCUGGGAGCAGGGCUGCUAUUUUUUCCAAUUUUCCCCCCCUCUUGUACUGAAUUGCAUUUUGUGUGAGAUAAUAUAUGUAAAAGGAAUAAAAAUGAAUUUACAUUUAAAACUGUAGAUGCUGAAACAGAUUGAGGGAAGGCCAAAAUGUUAUCAAGGUCCUAGAAAUAACAGUCCUGUAAGUGGUUACUGCAGAAUAACUCAGUGUAAUGUGAGUGGAACACACAAGAUUACUGAAACCUGCAGAACAAUAAUCUUCAAAAUGAACUGUGAGUUUAAUUUCUUUGUGGGUGCUGCUGGAAAUGUGAGCUUCACUAAUUGCUUUAAAGUCCUGUCUUGGUAUUGUGUGGAAAGAAUAGAAUGUCUUAUUUCAUUGCACUGAGGGGGUAGUUCAUCUGAAGUUUUAGCCCUAAGGUUUAUUAGAAAACCUGUUUCUCUUCAGUAGCCAUGUUUUCAAUAUUUCUGUGAUUGAAAAUAUUUCUGUGAUUGUGACUGUGACAGUGUCCCUAGCAGAGGGAGAAAGGUAAUGGAGCUUUUUUUUUCUUUUACAUCCUGCUCUUAUAUUUCUGUGAAAACUGUUGCACAUUCUUAGAGCCUCAUGCUUCCACCUUUUCUCAGUUGUGCUUCCAUUGGUCCGAGAAGUGUGAAGCACUGUUUGAUCUUGGUGUUCACUGUUUGAUCCUGGUGUUCUCAUGCUAUUGCCAAACCACAGUGAAUUUUUAAUAGAAUUUUUAACAUUUCUGGCACAAAAGAACUGCAAUUCACAAGCAUUAAGUUGUAGGAAUAUCAUCAAUUUUCUUAGCAUGCACAAAGUAUCAGUGAAAGGAGCUGCAUGUGACCAGUCACUGAUCAUCCUUUUAGAAAAGCAAUGUAUUAUGGUGGAAAGGGCAAGCCAUGUUCUGUACUUUUGGAACAAACCAGAUCAGCAAAUGUAGAUGAAAUAAAAGCUUACCACUUAUUCAAAACCUGAAAAGUUUUUAAGAAGGCAGUCCAGGGAGACAGUACUAAUGAAGUUACACAGUGAUUGUUUCUGUACUGCUUUUCUGUUUCACAAGUACUUGUGUCCUCAUUUGAAACUCCUGUUUGGGCUGGACGUCUGUGGUAAAAUGAGCCAUGCAGGCCCUGCUUGGUGAUGUGUUUGGUGCAGUUUGUGGGGCUGGAGCGUGCUCUGCACCUCAGCUUAGGAUCAUUUACUAAAUUGGAGAAAGGCAUCUCGACUUAUUUGAUUCACUAAGUAGUCAGUUUUCACAUUUAUUAUUGUGUCAGCUGUAUCUUUUAUUUUAAACCAUCAAAUUAAAUAAUAGCUUAUGCUGGCUUUCUGUUUUAGUUCAUGCAUUUAAAACCUGGAAGUCAGAUAAAAAGAUAGUUUCAGAAUAAAUUCAGUAUAUUAUUUAUGAGUGGAGCAACACAUUAGCAUGGAGUUCACAAUAGAUCAUAUCGCUUUUAUUCCAUCUUACAAGCUUAGCAGCACAAACAGAAUAAUCAACAUAUUAUUUGGCUGUCAUCUGCUGAACAGAAAGCAGAGAUCACAAGGAGGUUUUCCCUAGCUGCAGUGAUGGCCUUUUUGUUCCAAGCCCCCAUCUGGGAGGGCCAUGGUGUGUUAUCAUAUGGAACGCGGGGUUUGCUGUAAUCUGCUUAGCUGCACUGCAGUUUGAAUCUUUAUUCCAUGUUUGUGUAAUUUAUAAUUUUAAUGAGACCGUGCCUCUUGUGGGCUUUGAAAUAUAUUAAAAGCUCUUUUGUGCAUAUGCUUUUGUUCUUGCUUAAUAGGCUCAGUGUAUUUAAAACUGAUGAAUUUUUAUUCAUGGAUUUGGAUGUCUGGGGAUUAACUUAGAUUGAAUAUCAUUGCACUCAUCUAUUGAUGUUUGGAACUUUUUUAUACUUGUAUCUCUAAGUGGAGAAGACCUUACAGAACUUGUGUUUUACACAUAAAACAGCUCCGAAAUAACUAAUAAAAUUCUAUUGAGCAAUGAGCAAAAAUACUGAUUACAGUUUAUUUUUACUGCAUAAACUCUCCUGAAUUACCAUUUUGCUGUGGAAAAAGUCCUUGAGUCCAUGAACAUGUGUGUAUUUAGAACUUUGUAAAUAAAAAACAGUUUGGGAAAGCACUCAACAUUUUUGUAGAAUAUCAGCAGUGAUAACCACUUGAUUUGCAUUUUUCUUCUGUUCAGGUAACUUGAAAAUGUAAAUACUGAGCACUCUCUUGUCUGACUGUGUUGCCUUUCUCCUGUUUUUAACACAUUUUUUUAAUGCAGAGUGUGCAUAAACUAUUUCAUUAGAAGGUGAUGCUCAUAACUGGGGAGUAUUGAUAAACAUACAGAAGGAUUCUUCACUGCUAUUUUCUGACAGUGCUAAAACUGGUCUUGAUUUUUGCUUUUGUAUUUUUCAGAUGUUUAAUGGUUUGUUUAUUUGUUUGAUUUACUGUUUGUUUAAAGAUUUGAUACUUUGUGACUUCUGUGUUUUUAAACUACUGUGGAGCACUCUUCAAUGAUGGCAUUCUCUCUGAGACCAGCACUGGCAAUAAGAUGGAGACAAUUGUGGUUUUUCUAAAUAAUCUUGCUGAUGGUGUACUGAAAUGUGGAGGGGGUUUGGGUUUUUGUUUGUGGUGUUUUUGAUGGGUUGGCUGGUUUUUACCAGCAAACCAUCAUCUUUGUAAUGACAAAAUAUUUCAAGUAAACAGCCUUUUUAGUUCUCAGUGCACAAGGGAGUUAUUCAUCCCUCUUCUCUUCGCUGCUUUGAGCAGUAUUUCCAAAUCAUAUUUCCAUAAGAUGUGUCAGCUGGGAAGUGCAGGGGACACGUGAGCCAUGGGCAGCUUCAGCUUUUGUAGGGUUGUAGAUUUUUAGUGCCUAAUGUGAAAAUCAGGCUUGUAAUUCUUUGUCUUAUAAAACUGAAAUGAAUUUUCAAUGUUUAUAUGUCUGUGUCUCAAGGAAGUGAAUGUAUUGAAAUUGAAGAUAAGCAUGUAGUUAUUUGACCAUUGUGACGUGGGCACAGCCUGAUUUUCUCAGUUACCAGGAAAGUGACUGUGGUGUCUGCCAGACCUUUGGUGGUUGUCCUGACUUUGACCUUGUUGCAGAAGACUGUAAAGUGAGUAUUUUGGCAUCCCUCAGAGGCCCGUGUAUGACCAUGCCUUUGCUCAGCUGUCUGGAUUUCACUGUUCAGCAAAGAGGAGUGAAUGGAGCUGCAGAGGAGGACAAGCUUUGGAAUGCAUCUGGCCAUUAAAACAGCGUUUUAUUCAGGGUUGUGCAAGUGUUAGGAGCUGCUUCCCAAAGAGCUGCUGGGCACCGUACACUGUAGGAUGCUUCGCAAUGCCCUAGGAAAAACCUUCCGAUUUCUGGGCUACACGGUGCAGUAUGGCUGCAUAGCACACUGUGCCUUCGAGUACCUUGGAGGAAUUGUUGUGUGCUCUGGACCUUCCAUGGAACCAACCAUUCAGAACUCUGAUGUUGUCUUUUCGGAGAACCUCAGCCGCCACUUUUACUGCAUCCGAAAAGGAGAUAUUGUAAUUGUGAAAAGCCCAAAUGACCCCAAAUCAAAUAUCUGUAAAAGAGUAAUUGGCUUGGAAGGGGAUAAAGUCUGCACAAGCAACCCUUCAGAUUUCCUUAAGAGUCACAGCUAUGUGCCUAAAGGACAUGUCUGGUUAGAAGGUGAUAAUCUCAGGAAUUCUACAGAUUCCAGGUGCUAUGGACCUGUUCCUUAUGGGCUGAUAAGAGGACGCAUUUGUCUUAAGAUAUGGCCUCUGAAUGACUUUGGAUUUCUACGUGCAAGCCCCAAUGGCCACAGAUUUCUUGAUGAUUAAAAGACUUAUGUACUAUUGACAGUUUUCAUAGUAUUUUCUACUAAAAUGAAUGGAACUAUUUUUGCUUAGAAUAAACACAAAUAAUUCUUGACAAAGA